UGGUAUUUCCCAAUCCCUGUGUAAAUCAGAGAGAGGAGACAAACCAGCUGCAGUGAGAGGAGGAGCAACACCUGCCAGAGGUGCGGUUACACGUCACACUCAGGAAACACAAGUUAAGUGUGUCAGAGAGGCAGCCACACUGCAGUCGGGACUACUCUCUGUUUCUGUCUAAAGAAAAUACAAACUGAGUUCAUCAGAUCUUUCUCAACAACACAGCACAGUCUGUCUAACACUGGUGUAGAUAUGGCUGAUAAAAACGAUCUGCCAUCUGAAGAUCAGUUUCUCUGUGCCAUCUGUCUGGAUGUGUUCACUGAUCCAGUCACUAUACCAUGUGGACACAACUUCUGUAAAGACUGUAUCACUGAACACUGGGAUAGAAGUGAUCAGUACCAGUGCCCCGUGUGUAAAGAGGCUUUUACCACAAGACCAGAUUUGAGGGUCAAUACUUUCAUCUCUGAGAUGGUCGCUCAGUUCAGACAGUCGGCUCCACAGAAAGCCAGCAGCUGCAGCUCAGAGCAACACAUCUUCAAACCAGGAGAAGUUCUCUGUGACGCCUGCAGUGAAACCAAACUGAAGGCCCUGAAGUCCUGCCUGGUGUGUCUGGCCUCCUACUGUGAGACUCACCUGGAGCCUCAUCUGAUAAUGUCAGGCCUGAAAAGACAUCAGCUGAUCGACCCUGUGGAGAACCUGGAAGACAGGAUGUGUCCGAAGCACGAUAAACCUCUGGAGCUGUUCUGUAAGACCGACCAGACAUGUGUCUGCAUGCUCUGCGGUGUUUUGGACCAUAAGAUGCAUAAACUGGUUCCGCUAAAAGAAGAAUAUGAAGAUAAGAAGGCCCAGUUGGGGAAGACAGAGGCUGAAACUCAGCAGAUGAUUCAGAAGAGACAACUGAAGAUUCAGGAGAUCAAACAAUCAGUCAACCUCAGUAAGGAAGAUGCAGACAGAGAGAUAGCAGAAGGGGUUCAGGUCUUCACCGCUCUGAAGGAGUCUGUUGAGAGAGGCGAGGCCAAUCUCGUCAACACGAUCAAAGAGAAGCAGAAAACAACAGAAAAACAGGCUGAAGAUUUCAUCAAAGAGCUGGAACAGGAAAUCUCUGAGCUGAAGAAGAGAAGCUCUGAGGUAGAGCAUGUCACACACUCAGAAGACCACCUCCAUCUUCUCCAAAGAUUCAUGUCCCUUAAAGUCGCUCCACCAACCAAGGAUUGGACAGAGGUCAGCAUCCAUUCAUCACAUGAGGGAACUGUGGUGAGAGCUGUGGCUCAGCUGGAGGAGACGUUCAGUAAAGAGAUAAAGAAGAUGCUCUGUGAGGCUGAACUGAAAAGGGUCCAGAGGUAUGCAGUGGAUGUGACUCUUGAUCCUGAUUCAGCACAUCCCAAUCUCAUCCUGUCUGAUGAUGGGAAACAAGUGAGUCAUGGUGAUGUGAAGAAGAAUCUCCCAGACCACCCAGGAAGAUUUUCUGAUAGUAAUUGUGUUUUAGGAAAGCAGAGUUUCUCUUCAGGCAGAUUUUACUUUGAGGUUCAAGUUAAAGGAAAGACUCAAUUGACUUUAGCAGUGGUCAGAGAAUCGAUCAACAGGAAAGGAGAUGUCACACUGAGCCCUCAGUGCGGUAACUGGUCUAUACGGUUGAGAGACGGAAAAGAGUACAAAGCUGUUGAUGAUCCUCCAGUCCGUCUCUCUCUGAAGUCUCAGCCUCAGAAGGUGGGGGUGUUUGUGGAUUAUGAGGAGGGUCUGAUCUCCUUCUAUGAUGUAGAUGCUGCAGCUCUGAUCUACUCCUUCACUGGCUGCUCCUUCACUGAGAAACUCUUCCCAUACUUUAACCCGGGUCUGAAUGAUGGUGGUAAAAACUCUGCACCUCUGAUCAUCUCUCCUGUCAGAGUAAACUAAUCACUUAUCCGAUAUUUACAUUCAAGGAAUAAACAGACAUUUUUAGAUCCAAAAGUGUUGAGUUUCCAACUUUACAGAAUCUGUUUACUUACAUUUACUCAUUAAUCUUUUUGGAGAAUAUCCAUUUAAACAUCUGAUGAAGCAACAAACAUUAUUUUUUACUCCCAGAAGGAAUCACUAUUUUUGAUACCAUGAAAUAUGUUCCCAGAGGUUACAUAAUGUUUUCUAUUUGAUGUGCAGCCAAAACAAAAUGCUUGAUUCUGAUGUAACACGGCCUUUAUUAGGUAUAAGGGAUAUGAUAGAGUCAACAGAAUAGAGUAUUCCAUUGUUAUCAGCAUAAAAAGUUGGACUACAUUUGUAGAAUACAUGUCAGCAACAUGUUAUACUUUGUGUAAAGAGGUGGUUUGGUUAAUUACUGGUAACUUCAAUUGUUCGUAAAAAAUAAAAAACAUGUCAAAUAAAGUUUCUGUUGAAACGCAGACCUGAGUAAGCAGACUUGAGCGUCCAACACGCACUGAAACGUGAGUUGUAUUUCAUGAUAAAUGAAUUGAGUUUUUAUGAAUCGCUUAUAAAGGCAGCUCAGGAACGAUGGACUCUACAAAUGCACUACUACAUACAGAGAGGAAAUCUGUGCAUGUAGUUGAUGAAUAGCUAUGUAUGACAACAGCAGUUUCAUCCAAUUAAGUCUCCUUGGUUAUGAUUACUUGACCUCAAAUCUAAUAUACGGAUAAAAAGUCAAUGAUAUUUGUCAAGGUUAGAACAAUAACUGAAGGUCCUUCAUAAAUGUAUGAAUCUGAUGCAUCAGAAUUUAUAUGACAUUCAUUUAAUAAUUUUCCUUCUUUGGUUUAUUAUUUUUUUAAAUCCCUGAAAAAAUGUCCCUGCUUUUC